ACAACUUCAGAAUUUACAUUUUUGGGAGAACUGUUCCUUUAAAUGCAACUUACUCAAGACCUUUUUAGUUACACAUGUAUAGUAAAAGAGCGGACCUUUCUUUAAACACAGCACUGUUUUAUUUUCUCUUUUGUAUUGACAUGCAUUUCCUCUGUUUUCCACCAGUGGACUUGGAGUAGACAAAUGCAGGUCAUGAGACAGGCACCUUCAUCGGACCCACAGGGCUCCUCUCACAACAAUGACCCACAGAGUGAACCUUUCACAGAGGAGCAGCUGAAGAAUCCAAGUUUGAGGUCUGGUUGUAUGGUCCAUAUGCAACCAGCCCUGUCCAAGCCUUGCUUUGAAGAGAACCAGCUUAACAGACUGAAUUCUCAGGGCCAGACUGUUCCUCUGAUUGCUGAUGGCCAGGCCAAGCUGUAUCCAUCCAGGGCUGUACGUCUGUUUUCCACCCAGACAAAAUGUGAGGACAUUACUCCACUCAGGGGACCACCUGUCACACCACAGGCAUGGUCCGGAUUGGCUAGCUUCCGUGUCAUGGGUUCUUUCAAAAAACUGCGGACUUCUGUGCUCCAAGGAAUCCAGAACCGGAGCAAUGCGAUGGCAGCAGGUCAGGAGAGAAAUCCGUCCUCGAUGUUUGAGGAUGGUGGUAGUUUCUUAGUAACCAAACGAGAGGUUGCGACUAAUCAAAUCCAGGAAACGGACAAAGUGUCAAAUGGAACCGCUCAAACUGGAAAGAUGUCUUCAGUUUUGGAUGAAGAUGAUUGUGAGGAUGAUGUGAAUGGGUUUCAGAGAAAUUCCCAUUUCUCUAAGAGUAUCCGCAGGGCUUAUGGGGCAGGACGGAUCUCAUUGCUUGACAUAGUCAAGACAGAGAGCCCGUCUAACAGUGAGCCUGACCCCAGCAGCACUGUGGAGUCCGUUGGACCUUGCAAGAACAUUGAGAAUCCAGGAAAAUGUCAAGGGUCUCAAAAGACUAAGCAAGAGUGCAGAUAA